AUGUCUUUAUCUCUCUAUUUCUUAAUAAUUGUAUCAUUAUUUUUAUUGUUUGGAGUAUGUAAACUAUGCUUUUUUAAAAAUUAAGGAAAUAAAAGAGAUUAGUUUGGAAGUCUAUAGGAGAGGAUGAAGAAAAAAAUAAUUUUUGGUUAUGCUGAAUUAAUGCAGACAGUGAGUCAUGAGGAUUUAUAAAUUUUACAUUAGACAUAUGAAAACACAAUAAAAAAUGCUUAGAGUAUAUAAAUUUAAGGAGUGAGAGUUGAAGGUUAUAAAGAAGCAGUAAAAAAGUGA